AUGCACGUUACCCAGCUGCGAACACUGUCUGCGGAGCCCCUGGCACAGUUCCUGGUGAGAGAGAACGCCUACUUCGAGGGAGAAUCGGUGCUCUUAGUUGGUGGCAGCUCUGUUGUUAUGGGCGCUGGGAGUACAAUGAUGUGGGGUUGGUCUGAGACAGGUGUUUCCAGACAUGAGCACGGGGUCCUUCUAGCAAAUGAUGGCUGUUUUAGUUCUUCGGUUGGAAUUCGUUCAUUUCAUCUCCAAAACUGGAAGCAGAAAGUUAGUCGGACUAAGAAAGCAGAAUUCAUACGCACAGCAGAAAAAUUUAAAAAUCAAGUUAUUAACAUAGAAAAAGAUAAACACAAUCAUUUCUACAACCAAAAAAGUGACUUCAGAAUUGAUCAUAGUAUGCUGGAAGAAUUGGAAAAUAAGUUGAUUAACAGCAGGAAAACAGAAAGAGCAAAAAUCCAGCAGCAACUGGCCAAAAUACAUAACAGUGUAAAGAAGCUUCAGCAUCAGUUAAAAGAUGUGAAGCCUACACCUGACUUUAUUGAAAAGCUCAGAGAAAUGAUGGAAGAAAUUGAAAAUGCAAUUAACACUUUUAAAGAAGAACAGAGGUUGAUAUAUGAAGAGCUUAUUAAAGAGGAGAAAGCAACUAAUAAUGAAUUGAGUGCCAUAUCAAGAAAAAUUGACACAUGGGCUUUAGGUAAUUCCGAAGCAGAGAAGACUUUCAGAGCAAUCUCAAGCAAAGUUCCUAUAGACAAAGUAACACCAAAUACUCUUCCAGAAGAAGUAGUAGAUUUUGAAAAUUUCCUUCAACAAACAGGAGGGCGACAAGGGGGCUGGGAUGAUUAUGAUCACCAGAACUUUAUAAAGGUGAGAAGCAAACAUAGAGGGAGGCCAUCGUUUAUGGGAGAAGUUCUGGAACACCUUCCUGGAAGAACACAGGACGAAGUUCAGCAGCAUGAGAAAUGGUACCAGAGAUUUCUGGCUCUGGAAGAAAAAAAAAAAGAGUCUAUUCAGAAUUGGAAAACUAAAAAGGAGCAAAAAAAAGAGGAACUUUUCAAGUUAAAAGGAAAGGCAGAUAACAUACCUGUGCUUUUUCACGAUAAAGAAGAUAAUCAAAAGCAUAAAGAGGCACAAAGAAAGAAACAGAAAUUGGCAAUUGAAGCUUGGAGAAAACAGAAAAGUAUAGAAAUGUCAAUGAAAUAUGCUUCCCAGUUAAGAGAAAAAGAAGAAAAAGAGAAAAAGCACCAGAAGGAACGACAACGCCAGUUUAAAUUAAAAUUACUGCUAGAAAAUUAUACCCAACAGAAGAAAGAACAAGAAGAAUUUUUGAGACUUGAAAAAGAGACAAGGGAAAAGGCAGAAAAGGCAGCAAAAAGGAAAAUUGUUGCCAGUGAAAUUUCCAGGUUUCAAGAAAGAGAUUUACACAAACUGGAAUUGAAAAUUAUAGAUAGACAGGCAAAGGAAGCUGAAAAGGCAGAAAAACAAAGGAGACUGGCAAAGUUAAAAGAAAAGGUUGAAAACAAUGUUAGUAGAGAUGCCUCAAGGCUUUACAAACCUACCAAGGGUUGGGAAGAACGAACCAAAAAGAUAGGACCAAUGGGCUCUGGGCCACUUCUACAUAUCCCACACAGGGCUAUUCCAACUUGGAGACAAGGAUUAUAGAGAAGAAUAUGAGAGAAUGAACUACUGUUCAGUUUAUGAAAAUGUUAGCAUAUUUAAUUAUACCAGGAGACAAUGACAACCAUGUUCUUUACAUAUCACUAGCAUAGAUAAAUUAUUGUGCUGUAUGUUAAUUGAGAGGUAUUAAAUGUCAUGAGGCAUUGUUUUUUAGUAUUUCCUCUUCUACCAAGAGAGUAUUUAAUGUAUAUGUUGGCCUAUUAUUGAUGUAAAAGUUAUUUAAAUAAGUUUAUGUUAUGAACUAUUUCAUUCAAUUACUCAAAACAUUUCAAAGGUACUUAGUUUUGUCAUAGCACAGCAAAAUAAAUUGGGACACUCAUAGAGUCAGUUUUUAAAACGAAAUUUUGUAACUUUUAUAACUUGGUGGUAAGUUAACUUGUGUAACAAAAGUGAAAAGUGAUUUUUUUUAAGAAUUGUGAAAUAAGUACUUUUUCUAAGUUUAACAAAUUGAUCAUUUGUCAGUUAUUACAUUUUUGUGUAAUAAAUAUUUUGUAUUUGUUGGAAGCAU